AUGGAGGAUUAGAUUGAUAACGAAUUUCUUGAUGAAAAUCCAGAAAACCAAGAUCUAGAAUCGUGUGAUCUUUGCAAUAGGAAGUUUCAUCCUGAAAGAAUUGAAAGACAUCUUAUCGCUUGUCAAAAAGCACAAUAAAAAUAAUAAGAAAGGGAUAAAAUAAUAUAAAAAAAGAAAAAACAAAAUGAACAAAAAAAAUAGCAACUUCAAUAAGUGGAUGUUGAAAUAGUUAAAACUAAUUGGAGGGAGGAACAUCAAAAAUUUCAAGAGUAAAUCUAGUAUAACCGAAAAUUAAAAUAAUUAGAAACUGAAGGAUAAGAUGUCAAUUAGUUAAAACCAUUAGAAACCAAAGUAAAUUCCAAUUAUGUUUUCUGCGAAUACUGUGAAAGGCAUUUUGAUAAACAUGUUGCUGAAAGACAUAUACCUAAGUGUAAAGAAAUCAUAGCCAAGCCUAAACCUCCUAGAAAGAAGACUGUUGAAAUGAUCCAACCUUCCUAGCCAUCACUUUAAGAGAAAAGAUAAGCCUAAGUUAGUACACCAUCUACUUCCAGUUAAAUGGAGAGGAAACCUAUUAUCAAAAAACAAUUAUCAGAUUCAUCAUAACAAUUUAGACCUACUAGUUUAUAAAAAUUUAUAGCGGAAUAAUCUGGCAAAGCAAAUUUAACAAAUAUAGGUUUUAUCGAUUGCAAGGCAAGAGCUACUGCUAUCUAAGAUACAGAAUGUCCACAUUGUAAUAGAAGAUUUAUAUCCAGGGCAGCAGAAAGACACAUUCCAAUUUGUGAAAAAUUAACAAGAAAACACUCUUUUCAAAUCAAAUAUCAAAAUAGAAAGAGUGUUCCCAUCAAACAAAAUAAUUUAAUGGUGUUGACUCCUACAGCUAUUUUACCUUAGAUUUAAAGAAAAACCAAUAAGUAAUUAGAAGCUGGAACUCUGCCUCCUAUUGGAAAUAGUAAAAAAUUUUGCACAGAAUGUGGAAAUAGAUUCUAGGCAAAUCAUAAAUAUUGUGGUGGAUGUGGACGUAAAAGAGAACCUGAAAUAGUAAUUUGA